AUGGAUACCGAUCACCCAGGCUACAACCAUUUUGGAGCACCAAUCCCUGAGGAUGAAUCGAAAUACGACGACACAGGAAAACCAGUGACUGACUACAUUCCAAACUACAUCUCGAGUAAACCCUGGUACUACGAGGAAGACGCGCUCAAGGUUGAUUCAAACCUGCGCAGGAAACGAGCGGCCGAGCCUGCAUCUGUGGACAAACUACGACAUCAGCGUCUUGACCCGGACGCAGAGUUUGUGCCGAACAGCGAGCCUCGAAAGGGCGCAGGAAUCGAGGACGAAUACGAUUUUGUGACAGAGGAAAUCAAAAGACGACGGAAGCUGCUCAAAAAGGGAGGCUGCGAGAACUGCGGCAGCACCAAGCAUUCGAAAAAAGACUGUCUGGAGAAACCGCGUAAAAUCAGCUUCAAAUAUCGCAAAGAAGAGCCCAAAAGCAGGUCUGGAGAGGUUCUUCGGGUUAAGAAAGACACUCAAGACUGGGAAACUAAACGAGAUCGAUGGCACGGCUUUAGUAACGAGGAAGACUACGAAGAGCAUCUUAAGACCAUGCGCGAAAUCGAGCAGAAACGGAUCAAGCAAACGGCUGUGGAGGACCAUGAGUACGACGAGGACGAGCUUGCAGAGAUGGAAGAGUUGGGCAUUGCCGAAGCUGUGGCAAACUCCAAGACCAUGACCGCUAGCGGCACAAAUAUUCCAACCAGAGCUUUGGAUGAAAAGGCAAAGUAUCUGGAGGGUGUUGGCAUCACGGAGCAGGAGGAACAAAUCGAAAAGACCACAAAAGAGGACAACAAAUCGAAGUUUCUUAACGAAGAAGGCGAAUUCGUUCGACAGGAAUCUGGCGAAGCUGAGGAGUUUGAAAAGCAGAAACGAUUUGCAAACACAAAGCAGAAGAAAGACAGUGAGAAAUUCGUCUUAGGAGAGCCAUUGCCUAGCCAGAAUUCGGUGGCUGAAGCGUCGCCAAUAGCAGACGUGCCGGAAAUGAAUGACAAAGAAAAAGAGAAGGAACUGAUCAGAGAAACAAAGAGGAGACAGUUGCUGGAGAAGUACGGAGUUCUGUGA